AUGUCGCCCGGUGAUUGGUCCCCGGGUCUCGCCAGUGAAGCAACUUCAAUUCUCUCCCCAUUCAUAGAAUCACAGAAAAAGAGGGAGCUCCGCAAUCCAUCUUCUCCGCCUCUGGAUCGCCCUACCUGUCCACUACACAAACCAAUGCAAAGCAAGCAUUUUCGCCCCCAAAAGGACACCGCUUGGAGCCAAAGCCACGACACCCAAAAUGUUGACCGAACGCAGCCCCAGUUUGCAAAGAGGCUUCGUCCUGGAUUCCUCUUGCGGGAGAUUCUACACUCCUGCUGCGCGUCUCCCGAAAAUCCAGGCUCUCCUCAAAACCCUGAGAACACUGGAAUAAACGAUGACUAUAUCUUGGUGACACCUGUUAAGGUUGACCCGGGCGGAGGUUCUGUGCAGACUAACAGAGUGAAGCGCUCAGCGCCCAUGGAUUCCCUGCAUUACAAACUCUCCUUCUCCGACCAGGAGCUGCACCUCGACUUAAGACCCUCGAACGUGCUGGCGAAAGGUUUCAGGGUGCACCUACUGGGUUCGCAGGGUGUCACCGAGACCCCCCUCUCAGAGUCUCAGGCGAACUGCUUCUAUCAGGGACACAUCAGGAAUGACAGCGCUUCUUCUGUGGCUGUGUCGACAUGCCAGGGUUUGUCAGGUUUAAUACGGAGCCAAGAAAAUGAAUACCUUAUAACUCCAUUACCUCAUCACCUGGCACUAAGACACAACUACACCUCAUCUGCUGGUAAUCGCCCUCAUGCACUCUUCAAGCGAUCGGUGGAGCACAGAAUGCAACAGCGUCCAGUGAGUAGUGGACAUCAUCACCAGCACCAUCUUCACUCUUAUCAUCCCCAACUGCAAAAGCAUCAGCAGCACAAGAGAGAUCAGAAGCAACACUACUGUGGGCGACGAAAGAAAUACAUGCCUCAACCUCCAGUCGAAGAUAUCCACCUCUUGUCCGAUGAAUACAGCUCCAGGAGCAGACUGAAACGCACAGCCUUCGAUUCCCGGAAAUCCGGAGGGCUUACUGUUGAAACGCUGGUAGUGGCAGACAAGAAGAUGCUUGAGAGACACGGCAGAGAGAAUAUCACGACUUAUAUCCUCACCGUUAUGAAUAUGGUAUCCAGUCUUUUCAAAGAUGGCACCAUCGGAAAUGACAUAAAGAUUGUGAUUGUGAGCCUGUUACUUCUGGAGCAGGAUCCACCUGGGUUAGUGAUCAACCAUCAUGCAGACCAAUCGUUGAAUAGUUUCUGCCAGUGGCAGUCUGGCCUGAUGGAAAAGAACGGAAAGCGGCAUGAUCAUGCGGUGUUACUGACAGGACUGGACAUCUGCUCUUGGAAGAAUGAACCUUGUGAUACAUUGGGUUUUGCUCCGAUUAGUGGAAUGUGCAGCAAAUACCGAAGCUGCACCAUCAAUGAAGACACGGGCCUGGGCCUAGCUUUCACCAUUGCUCAUGAAUCUGGACAUAACUUUGGCAUGAUUCAUGAUGGAGAAGGAAACCCGUGUCGGAAGACGGAGGGUAAUAUCAUGUCACCAACCCUGGCUGGGAACAAUGGCGUUUUCUCAUGGUCUGCAUGCAGUCGACGAUAUCUCAGCAGGUUCCUCAGUACGGCUCAAGCCUCCUGUCUGAUUGACGAACCUAACCAGUUGCGUGAGUACCAGUAUCCCACAGGACUGCCGGGGGAACUAUACGAUGCCGACACCCAGUGCAAGUGGCAGUUUGGAGCAAAAGCCAAGCUGUGCUCCCUCGACUUUGUGAAGGACAUUUGCAAAGCACUUUGGUGCCAUAAGAGUGGGCACAGAUGUGAAACAAAGUUUAUGCCAGCUGCAGAGGGUACAGUUUGUGGACCUAACAAGUGGUGUCGGCGAGGUCAGUGCUUGAAAUAUGGAGACGAUGGCCCCAAGCCCAUUAACGGUCAGUGGUCCAGCUGGUCAGAGUGGUCGGAAUGCUCCCGGACCUGCGAUGGUGGAGUUAACUACAGGGAGAGACACUGCAACAGCCCAAAGCCUCAGUAUGGGGGAAAGUUCUGCCAUGGUUCCAGCCGGCUCUAUCAGAUGUGUAAUGUCCAGGUUUGUCAACACAGCAGCGUCCUGUUCCGAGACCAGCAAUGUGCCGAGUACAACAGCAAGCCUUUCAGGGGCUGGUACUACAAGUGGAAGCCCUACACAAAGGUCAAUGAUGAAGAUGUUUGCAAGUUGUAUUGUAUUGCUGAAGAUUUUGACUUCUUCUUUGCCAUGUCUAACAAAGUGAAGGAUGGAACUCGGUGCGUUGAGAACAAAUUCGAUGUUUGCAUCGAUGGCAUUUGUGAGGCAGUGGGAUGUGACCAUGUCCUGGGCUCCAAGGCUGUCGUGGAUGCUUGUGGAUUAUGCAAUGGAGACAAUUCAACCUGCACAUUCUUCAGAGGGCAAUACCAUCAACAGCACCGGGCAAAUGAGUACUACCUUGUUGUCACGGUACCAGCGGGGGCUCGGAGCAUUCACGUUCAGGAGCUGGAGAUCUCAACGAGUUACUUGGCAGUGCGCAGCCUGAAGGGCAAAUACCACCUGACAGGGGAUUGGACAGUGGACUGGCCGGGGCAGUUCAGGUUUGGAGGAGCUGUGUUUCACUACCAGCGGUCAUUCAACACACCAGAGAGCCUGUACUCAGCGGGUCCAACUAAUGAGACACUCGCCUUUGAAAUCCUCUUACAAGGAAAAAAUCCAGGUAUUGCCUGGGAGUACACGUUGCCGAUUGCUGCUAAUGAAAGCAAGACUACUGUUCAGAAACACAACUACACCUGGGUGGUCGUGCGAUCAGGUUGCUCAGCAUCAUGUGCAGGAGGAAAAAUGGUGACCACUGCAUAUUGUCUACAAGAUCACUUGAUGCAAGUCAACUCCACCUUGUGUCAUGCACAGACAAGACCAGUCACGGGAUCAAUUACCUGCAAUACACAGCCCUGCCCUGCAAGUUGGUCGGCUGGCAAGUGGGAUGACUGCAGCAGGUCUUGCGGAGGAGGGAAGCAGGCGCGGCAGAUCCAGUGUUUCCGCAAGGUAGCUUUCCAACGGGAUGAGGCAGUGCCAAGCUCCAUGUGCCCACCGGUGGCACCUGCUCAGAUACAGCCCUGCAACAUCCAGGACUGCCCGCCUGAGUGGACUACGGGAGCGUGGACCCAGUGUUCCAAGACGUGCGGAAGGGGCAUGAGGAAACGUGUCAUCUACUGUAGAAGCACGAACCCUAUGUCAAAGCCUCAUGCCGUACCAGAGAGUCUGUGCAACCAGGAAGUGAAGCCAAAGAGUCAGGAGAUGUGUGUGCUCCGGCGCUGCCCAAAGAAUGACAGACUGCGUUGGAUCACCUCACCGUGGACCAAGUGCUCGGUGUCCUGUGGUCUCGGCCUACAGAAACGGGAGCUGAGAUGCAGCGAGAAAACCCUGUCAGGAAAACACAUCGAGUUUCCCCAAAGACGAUGUCGUCACUUGCCCAAAGCAAAUGUCGAGCUCGAACGGGUAUGUAACCUCGGACACUGCCCAAAACGCUCCUCGGAUCAAAUACCCAACCAUGCUGGAUCAGCUUGGUAUGCAUCACCAUGGCAACAGUGUACAGUAACAUGCGGGGGAGGAGUCCAGAUGCGUACGGUGCAUUGCCAGUGGCAGGCGCGGCCUGCAGUGGGAUGUUUAGCACAUCAGAAGCCAGCAGUUUCGAGAGCCUGUAACACCAGCUUCUGUCCAUCUCCCAGGAAAGAUCUCAACUGCGUUGACUUCUUCAGCUGGUGUCACCUGGUCCCGCAACAUGGUGUCUGCGGUCACAAGUUCUACGGCAAGCAGUGCUGCAAAUCCUGCAGCAAAACCAAUCGAUAGCAUUCGCUGGAGAAGCCGCCACCCUCUGAUUUCUGCCUUCACCCUUAACCGCAUUCCCUCCCCUCCCCCUUCCCUUGACCUCUUCCCCACCCCACCCCCACAUGACAACAUUAUUUAUUAGUCCCAGUCAAGACAUGUCGAUCCACAUGCAUUGAUCAGGACCAGCAAAUGGACAGACUCUGGACUCCUCGAUGGAGGGGGGUUUGGUGGCUAGUCUGGGCAAUGGACUUGAUGGGACAAGUGUCGGCCCCUCCCAGACUGGGUGCACACGUGGCUUGAAGGACUCAUGCUACGGAGAGGGCCGGAUUAUCAACUGGUGCUACACAGACUUUGAAAUAUUGCAGUGUUCACCGUCCAAAUCAACUUCACUUGGUGGGAGUUUCUUUUUCGCAUUUUAAUUUGAGGACCCAGCUGGAUACAUUGAAUCAUCUUCAGAGCUGAGAAUCAGAUGCUGCCAGAUCUGCUGAGUUUCCUGAGCACCUUCCCGUUUUAUUUCAGAUCUCCAGCAUCCACAAUAUUUUGCUUUUAACUAGUCUGGAUCCAAGUGUUUUUUUAAAGAAAAAAAGCAACAUGAGACACAAAUGCUUCAAUUCCAUUUACACUCUUGCUAAACAUGUUGGAAUUUAAAGUAGGAUGAAAUUCGUGUUGUACUAAAUCUGGACAGGAUUAAUAUUUUUGGCAUUGGGGGCAGUGA